GGAGUUGAUGAAAACCUAUAUACAGAACAUGUUUAUUCUGAGGAUCUCUAUAUAGAUCCAAAGAUUCCAGUUAACAAUACUGAGAACCUUGAUAAUCAAGAGGUUAAUAAUAUUGAGAACCUUGAAGAGGUUCCAAAAUAUACUGAGAGUCUUAAUUCAGAGGAAAAUGAAUUAGAUCAUUUUAAAAUUCCUGCUGAGAUUUCAGAGAAUGAAUAUGAUUUCUUAAAAUUUUCUGAUUAA